AUGUCGUUGAAACAACAUUCAGCAGAAAUCAUCUAUGGAAGCCCAUACUUGGGGAUGUCAAUGGUUGAAAAGGUCUCUUUGAACAGACCACUAUCUGAAGGCAUGAAAAGCAAUAGUUUGAAUGCCCUCAAACAUCCUGGUCGCUUCACCUUUGGCCGCCCAUUCGGCUAUGUCUGGGUUCUUUAUGCAGCUACAUACGCUGUAUCAAAUUCAUCAGAUACUCUGGCCCGGGAGUUCCACAAAGCAGCGGUAGGAACAAUCACCUUUAUCAACACCAUGAUCAUCAAUGUCCCUCUUGGUGUUCUCAAGGAUGUUCGCUUCGCUCAAAUGUUCAGCGCUUCUCCUGUUCUUACUCCAAAGGUUGCGCCUGUUGCCAAACCAGGUGUGCCGAGGGCUGCCACAGCUGCGUUCCUCAUGAGAGAUGCCGUCACAAUCUUUGGAUCUUUCACCAUGGCUCCGUGGCUGUCAUCGCUCAUACCCGACAGCUUGUCCUCAAGCCCCCACUCAAAGGCUGUCAUAUCCCAGUUGACAGUGCCCAUAUUUUCACAGUUUUUUGCUACUCCAAUUCACUUGCUGGGUUUGGAUCUCUACUCCAGGCCCCGCGGUAUACCUUGGAUUGAGCGCUCGGCACAGAUCCGACGAGAUUUGUUCUCCGCAACCAUACUGAGGUCACUAAGGAUCAUACCUGCGUUUGGCGUCGGGUGUGUCGCUAACAUGGAGGCCCGGUCACGAUUCCAUAAGCUUUUUCGUACAACCUAA